GAGUCAAUAAUUUGACAGCUCGAUUCGAAAACAAACCGUGACAAUACUAUAAUUUGUAGCGAGUCUAGCUCACUUGAAUUUUUGCGGUGAAACCUCAAGUUUGGAAAACAAAAAGUUGAAGUUGAAGUGUUAAUUUACUAUAAAAAGCUAAUCAAACGCAAGAAUCAAGCAUAAUUAUGAGGACUAGCCCACAGCAGUUCGACUUAUUGGUCACAUUUAUGGAGCAGCACGGGGACCUCUCGAAGCCGUCGAAUACCGCUAAAGGACGAAUAAGAGCCAUACAAUUAUGGGAUGAACUAGCGAACGUCUUAAACAGUGAUGGCACAGGCGAUACAAAAACUCCAGAAAAAUGGAAGAAAGUAUGGAGCGAUUUUAAAAAUAAUUAAAAAAAAAAGGCUGCGAGGAUCUACAAGGCAGCUGGAGGCACGGGUGGUGGACCCGCUAACUUCUCUAAACUAACUGACUUAGAGCAGCGGGUGCUUAACAUCAUUGGACACCAAUCUGCUACUGGAUUACCCAUUGAAGAGGCGGGAUAUUCCAUGGAAGUUGUAGUAUCUGAUAGCCUGCCUGCAGACUUAGAGACACAGCCUACAAGCCAAGCAACAUCUACACCUAUAUUGACAAUUAUAGAGAUGCAGAAUGAAUCAGACUCUCAAAUAUGGAAUAUGCCGGGGCCUUCAUGCCGCAGGACUCCCUCACCCGUACUGGAGAGAGACACAGAAAUGUGGAAUAUGCCAGGGCCAUCAAGCCGGGCUCACCAAGCACCGCCAACUGCACUACAAACCCCAGCCAGCCCCAGCCUUCAAAAUAACUUACAGGAAAAUGGUGCUGAUACUGAACAAAUUGAGCAGCCGGCGCGUUCGGGGCAAACAACGCCCCAAACAAGAACCCAUGUUGCUCCCAGCCGGUCUCGACGCCGGAGCCCAUCACGGAGAGCUGUAAGACCAAGAAGAACAGGUCAACAAGAUCAGGCCCAGGAAUUCCUGAAUUCAGAGGAGCAGUGGAGGGAAUUCCGCAGAACGCAGAACCAGGAUUAUGUGGCAUUGCGUUGGGAGAAGCACAGACUCCACCAAAUGGAGUUGGACUCCCGCAAAGAAUGGCAGAACAUAGCCAUGUCUGUGCUUCAAUCUUUAGAAAAGGUGGUAAACAAAUUUUGUAAAGAUUAAUUAUUAAUUAAGGUUUGUGAUCACAGUCAUUAUAAUAUCUGUCAGCUGCAUAAGUAGCUAUACACUUUUGUACCUUGUCAAUCUGAAACCGCCUAUCAAUUCAUUGAAACAUUGAUGGUUCGUCAGUUUGACAAGGUACAGAAGUGUAUAGCUACUUAUGCAGCUAACUGUACAUUAGACUGUACUUAGUAACGUUGUUAUAAAAAUGAUUUACUUAUAACAAUUUAAACUGUGAUUUAUAGUUCAUACAUGUAAGACUGAUUUUAUUAGUACCUAAGUAAUGAAUACCUACCAUAUUUUGUUUCCUUUUGAUAUUUUUUGCCUUAAUUACAUAUAUUUUGUUUGAAAUAAUUUAGUUUGAAAUGUUUAUAUCACAUAUUGUGAUAUUAUUGUUUCUUUUUAUUUGCUUUGUUACACUAGAUUAUAAAAAUAUUAGUGAAUUUAUGUUGAUACAGACAGAUGUUGAUAAUUUAUGUUGAUGCAAAAAGAUAGGCUAUUUUGGCGCUCAUUGCCUCAUAUAGUAAGGUUACUAUUUCUUUAGAGAUCAGGAAGCCAAGACUGAAUUAUUAUUAGUUUUAAGCAUUUAUCAAAGUGAUGUAUAUGGCUGAGUUUAAUUAAAAUCAAUAAAUGAAUAUAUCAAUCAUAA